AUGGCAGGUUCAUCUGAGACUACCUCAUUUGCUGAUCAAUCUGCUUCUUUGAUGAUGUUGAACGUGAAGCCUCACCAAAACCUUACCCUCGAUAUUGAUUCUUCUCGAUAUCCUGAAGCUUUACGGCCUAUGAUCGAAUGUCUCCGUUUUUCACCACUGGCUCAAGCAUUGACCAUGGCUGAAUCUGUACCCUUGGUUCAUCUGUCAAAGGCACGUCUAGGGUUUGCUACUACUGAAGGGCUUGUAGAUCUUGACUUAAUUUCUUCUUCUGCACUGAUUGAAAUGUUUUACCAGAUGGGGUUUAUUGGCGAUAUCUCAUUUCUCUCAAAGUUCAAGAAGUCCAUUCUACCUCCUAUGUGGAAUGGGCCUUUCAUGUUGUUAUUCAAAAGCUUCUCUGAAAGGGUUGCUGGGUCCACUAGUGCCAAGAUCUCGUGUGCUCGGUUUUGGUCUGUCAUCGUCAAGCGAGCCCUGACUCACUUCCAAGUUCUGGUGGCAGAAGAUUCGGUUAUCGCUGUCAUUCCGUUUCUACAAACAUCCUCUUUUGAAACAUCUGAUCCAACCAAGUUCAUCUUCGUGGGUUCUAUUCUGGAAGCCAUGUUGUUGAAUGUUCCAACUGACAAUGUCAUCAUGAAUGAGUACUAA